ACCGCGUGCUCGGCGUCCCGGCUGCGGAGCAUCCGGCUGCCCGCAUGGACGCGGUGCUGAAGCGGAGCCGCUCUGAGGAGCCGACCGAGCUACCGCCGCCCGCCGGGGACGUGGAGGAGGCGGAGGCCGAGGCGGAGGAGGACGGGAUGGAGCAGGGGCUGGAGGAGGAGGAAGAGGUGGACCCCCGCAUCCAGGGAGAACUGGAGAAGUUAAAUCAAUCCACGGAUGAUAUCAACAGACGGGAGACUGAACUUGAGGAUGCACGUCAGAAGUUCCGCUCUGUCCUGGUUGAGGCGACGGUGAAACUGGAUGAGCUGGUGAAGAAAAUUGGCAAAGCCGUGGAAGACUCGAAGCCCUAUUGGGAGGCACGCAGGGUGGCGAGGCAGGCUCAGCUGGAGGCUCAGAAAGCCACGCAAGACUUCCAGAGGGCCACUGAGGUGCUCCGUGCCGCCAAGGAGACCAUCUCCCUGGCUGAGCAGCGGCUGUUGGAGGAUGACAAGCGGCAGUUUGACUCUGCCUGGCAGGAGAUGCUGAACCACGCCACUCAGAGGGUUAUGGAGGCCGAGCAGACCAAGACGAGGAGUGAGCUGGUACACAAGGAGACAGCAGCCAGGUACAAUGCUGCCAUGGGCCGCAUGCGCCAGCUAGAGAAGAAACUCAAACGAGCCAUCAACAAGUCCAAGCCUUAUUUUGAACUCAAGGCAAAGUACUACAUACAGCUCGAGCAACUGAAGAAGACAGUGGAUGACCUCCAGGCCAAGCUGGCCCUGGCCAAAGGCGAGUACAAGGCAGCCCUGAAGAGCCUGGAGAGGAUCUCAGAUGAGAUCCAUGAGCGGCGGCGCUCCAGUGCCAUGGGACCCCGGGGCUGUGGUGUGGGGGCUGAAGGCAGCGGCCUAUCUGUGGAGGACCUGUCAGGAAGCAAACCUGAGCUGGACGCUGUUUCUGUGGCCUCAGAGGCCUUUGAAGAUGACAACUGCAGCACCUUUGUAUCUGAAGAUGACUCAGAGACCCAGUCUCUGUCCAGCUUUAGUUCAGGACCAACAAGUCCAUCUGAAAUACCUGACCAGUUCCCAGCAGUGGCAAGGCCCGGCAGUCUGGAUCUGCCCAGUCCUGUAUCCCUGUCAGAGUUUGGGAUGAUGUUCCCAGUGUUGGGCCCUCGAAGUGAAUGCAGUGGGGCCUCCUCCCCCGAAUGCGAGGUAGAACGAGGUGACAGGGCAGAAGGGGCCGAGAAUAAAACAAGUGACAAAGCCAACAACAAUCGUGUUCUCAGCAACAGCAGUGGCAGCGGCAGGGGCAAGAGCCAAAGCAGCACGUCCCUCGAGGGCCAGGCCUUGGAAACCCGGAUGAAGCAGCUCUCCCUCCAGUGCUCAAAAGGAAGAGACCCAAUUAUUGCUGACAUAAAAAUGGUGCAGAUUGGCUGAUCUACUCAGGCUGUGGCCCAUGUACAAAUCAUAUUUCUACAUGAAACUCGAACAUUGUGCCAAUAACCAUUUAACAUAUGCCAAAUCUUAUGCAUUUACUCUAAACUGCACUAACUAGGUUUCAGUGACCUUGAGGGCUGAAGAAUUUCCCUCUGGUAAGAGCUCUUGGGCUCGUGUGUUUUCAGGGCAGAGCCACCGUAGGUGGACUGUGAUCAGGGUCACAGCCUUUGCAGAACAUUCCCUGUAGUGGCGACGUGGAAGCAGUAACUAGUUCCUGUGAGAGAACCCGAGCCAGGAAGAGGGCUGAAUCUUAGCUACACUGGGGGCCCAGCCUACUCUAUCCCUUUUCUUCCUUGUCUGUUUAGGGAAAUGUGUUCUCCGUCAUAUCCCAGGGCCUCUAAAUAUUUUUAAAACGCACAAAAACUCAAGUAUUCAGAUCAUAUUGUUUUGCCCUAAUGAAGGCUUAAAAACAAAGCCAAGAACACAGUUCAUUUUCAUCACCUCUGGUGCUCGGAGGGGGCUUUUAAAAAAGCAUGUGUGCUGGGACACCUAUUAAAACCAUUUCCUUGGAAGGCUACCACAAACUGCACUUUUUGGGGUGGGAAAGGUGAAUGCCAAUGUGGGGACGGGGAGUGCGGGUACAGGGGCAUAGCUUAGAGGGGACUUGUGUCUGUGGGAGAAGGUUCUAUAGCCUAACUUCACCCUCCCAGCCAUGGGGAUUUAUUCUAAGUAAGUGCAUGUGAAGAAUGGUUACCAUGGUGUUAAUUUCUCUGUAGGCUGUAACUUCUACAACUGAAAUUAUUUAAGGUUUAUGCUGCACCUAGUAUUCCUUAGAGGAAACUGUCCUCAAAGCUAGGAAAGGGAGUAGGCAUGUAUUGGCAAAGGUUGUUAAAUAGAAGCAAUGGAAUCUGUUAUGCUAAUAGUGUGUAGACUGCUUAAUGUUUUUAUGGUUAUGCAUAUUUAGAGCACUGUAUUUCGUCCUAUUGUAUUUAGCUUUUCUUUAAAGUUGUCUGUUAAUUCUGUCUGCCACUGCUUGUAUAUUUUAGCCAUGUGUAUCUCUUCAUACUGUGGUGGUUUCCCCUUUUUUACUGACUGAGACAGCAUCCUAAUUACAAGGUUAUUUUGUACUUGUCUUAAUACCUUGAGUGUAAUAAACUGCUUAAGCAAAUUUUGACUUCCAAAAAGAAA